UCGAGUCUGUCUGUGGCUCGGAGAUGGAGGCAGUAGUGUGUUGUCGGCUUGUGAUAGGGGAAGCUUGACGUCUUAGUGAGCAUAGUUUAACCGGUGUCUGAAAGCUGCGGGACGAAAACAGUUUGUCUCCGGUGUUAUGAGGAGUUAAGUCCAUGACGUGUUCGUGCUUAGACGUUAGCGGGUUUGUGGUCUGACUGCGGGCCGCAGCUGUUACACGGGGUUAUGUGUUGACUGGAGCAGAACAGUGCGUCACGGCUAGCUUCAAGAUGGACACUGGAGAAGAAGCUGAUAUAUGUCGAGUGUGUCGCUCUGAGGGCACUCAAGACAAACCCCUCUACCAUCCUUGUGUCUGCACUGGAAGUAUUAAAUUCAUUCACCAAGAAUGCUUGGUGCAGUGGCUGAAACACAGCAGAAAAGAGUAUUGCGAAUUAUGCAAGCACAGAUUCGCUUUCACGCCAAUUUAUUCUCCAGACAUGCCUUCUCGGCUUCCAGUACAGGACAUUUUUGCAGGUCUUGUGACCAGUAUUGGCACGGCCAUCCGAUACUGGUUCCAUUAUACGCUGGUGGCCUUUGCCUGGCUGGGAGUUGUACCUUUGACAGCAUGUCGAAUCUAUAAAUGUCUGUUUACCGGGUCUGUAAGCUCCCUCCUGACGCUGCCGUUAGACAUGCUUUCCACGGAGAACCUACUGGCGGACUGUCUGCAGGGCUGCUUCGUGGUGACCUGCACACUCUGCGCCUUUAUAAGCUUGGUGUGGUUACGGGAGCAGAUUGUUCACGGUGGAGCUCCACUGUGGCUGGAGCAGAACCAACAGCAGCCUGCCAAUGCAGCGGGGCAGAAUAAUGAGGCUCCAGCUGCAGGUAAUGGAGGUGUGGAGAAUCAGCCUGCUCCAGCCCCGGCCGAUCCCCCUGCAGAUAACGCAGCAGCAGCAGGCGAGGUGCUUGACCCCCAACCCGACCAAGCCGAGGAAAUGGAGAUGGAUAACGAGGAUGAGGAGGAGGCGGGCGCAGAGGACGCAGCCGAUGCAAAUAAUGGUGCACAAGACGAUAUGAACUGGAAUGCUUUGGAAUGGGACCGUGCUGCUGAGGAGCUCACAUGGGAACGGAUGCUUGGGCUUGAUGGAUCCCUCGUUUUCUUGGAGCAUGUAUUCUGGGUGGUGUCUCUCAACACGCUCUUCAUUUUGGUUUUUGCUUUUUGUCCAUACCAUAUUGGACACUUUUCAGUCGUGGGACUUGGCUUUGAAGAUUACGUUCGCGCUUCUCACUUCGAGGGCCUCAUCACCACCAUUGUGGGCUAUGUCCUGUUGGCGGUAACGCUCAUUGUAUGCCAUGGCUUAGCUGCAUUGGUGAGAUUCCAAAGAUCACGGAGAUUGUUAGGAGUCUGUUAUAUUGUGGUUAAGGUGUCGUUGUUAGUCGUCGUAGAGAUCGGUGUAUUCCCUCUCAUCUGUGGCUGGUGGCUGGAUAUCUGCUCCCUGGAAAUGUUUGACGCAUCCUUAAAGGACAGAGAGCUAAGUUUUGAGUCAGCUCCUGGCACCACCAUGUUUCUGCACUGGCUUGUAGGCAUGGUCUACGUCUUUUACUUCGCAUCCUUUAUCCUGCUGCUUCGUGAGGUUCUCAGGCCUGGAGUCUUGUGGUUUCUCAGAAACCUUAACGAUCCAGAUUUUAACCCGGUCCAAGAAAUGAUCCAUCUUCCGAUAUACAGACAUCUGAGAAGAUUCAUACUAUCAGUGGUCGUGUUUGGGUCGAUAGUCCUGUUGAUGCUCUGGUUGCCCAUUCGGAUAAUCAAACACAUCUUGCCAGCCUUCCUUCCCUACAAUGUGAUGCUCUACAGUGAUGCUCCAGUGAGUGAGCUGUCCCUAGAGCUCCUUUUGUUGCAGGUGGUUUUGCCUGCUCUGCUGGAGCAGGGACACACACGGCAGUGGCUAAAGGGAUUGGUGAGAGCAUGGACAGUCACCGCUGGCUAUUUACUGGACCUGCACUCGUAUCUGCUGGGAGACCAGGAGGAGAACGAGAACAACGCCAACCAGGCAGCAAACAACAACAACAAUCAACAACCACGAAACAAUGCUAAUGCCAUUCCUGUAGUGGGCGAAGGCCUACAUGCUGCACACCAGGCCAUCUUGCAACAGGGGGGUCCUGUGGGCUUCCAGCCCUACCACCGCCCUGUCAAGUUCCCCCUCAGGAUUGUGUUGCUGAUCCUUUUCAUGUGUGUGACGCUGCUCUUGGCCAGCUUGGUGUGUCUUACUUUGCCAGUGUUUGCUGGCCGCUGGCUUAUGUCGUUCUGGACGGGCACUGCUAAGAUCCACGAGCUGUACACAGCUGCGUGCGGCCUGUAUGUGUGCUGGUUGUCGAUCAGGGCCGUCACCGUGCUCCUAGCCUGGAUGCCUCAGGGCCGCAGGGUCAUUCUUCUCAAAGUCCAGGAGUGGACACUCAUGAUCAUGAAGACACUCAUUGUGGCAGUUCUGUUAGCCGGUGUGAUACCGCUCCUUCUGGGUUUGCUGUUCGAGUUGGUUAUCGUGGCUCCUCUCCGCGUCCCGCUUGACCAGACACCUCUGUUCUAUCCUUGGCAGGACUGGGCGUUGGGAGUGUUACAUGCCAAAAUAAUCGCCGCAAUCACCCUGAUGGGCCCUCAAUGGUGGCUGAAGACUGUUAUUGAACAGGUGUACGCCAAUGGAAUCCGCAACAUUGACCUACAUUUCAUCAUCCGAAAGCUGGCUGCUCCCGUCAUUGCUGUGCUGCUGCUGUCCCUCUGUGUGCCCUACGUGAUCGCCGUAGGCAUCGUCCCUAUAAUAGGGGUUACCAUGGAGAUGCAGAACCUGGUUCAGAGGAGAAUCUACCCCUUCCUGCUGAUGGUCGUGGUCCUGAUGGGAAUCCUGUCUUUUCAAAUCCGACAGUUCAAGCGCCUUUACGAGCACAUAAAGAACGACAAGUAUCUCGUUGGACAGAGACUCGUGAACUAUGAACGCAAAGUCGGUAAAGCCAGCGCAACUUCACACAGCAGCUCAGUGCAAGAAUAAAAGCUUCAGGAAACAUGCUCGUCUUCGAUGAAGAGUGUGUGUGUGUUCUGAUCUGGCUCUUCUCCCCCCACCCGUGUUGUGCGUGUGUAUGUGUGUCCUUCAUUUCUCACGUCCUGUCCAAGAUUCAAGAACUCUCAGUGACUCCUGGUGUCUCUGAUUUUGCCUGCAACUUGAGAACUGAAAUGUUUAUAAACCUACAAAAAAAAAAAGGCUAGAAAUCCUUCCAACCAACUUGGAUUUAAAACUGUCACUGUACAUCUUUAAAAAAUGAGUAUGUAUAUUAAUUUAUUAAAUCUAGUCGUCACUUUACUUUGUGGAAUCCUGUUGCUUGGACAGUACCCAUGCCAGUGUAGUGCUCUCCAGUCCUGAGGAUGGUGUCCUGGAGUCCGGGGCUGAGAACACAGUCGGACAGACGUACGCUUCUUAGCACUCAGCUGUAAUAUUAGAAGCCUUUUUUUAUUUAUUUGAUUUCUACACAUAGAUUCUGUUAUAGAAUUUGUUAAUUACAGCCGUCUGUUGCUGAUCGUUUUAAACUCUAACAGCGUAGAGGAAGUGGGCGGAUUGUGGAUUUGAUGCUCAAGCCACAGAAGACAAAACAAUCCAGGUCCUCGUGGGACUGUUGCUUUUUUUUCUUUUUAAUUAAUGCAGAACAUUGGAGAGAAUGAGAGUUAAUUUUAUUGAAGCAUGUCGUAUAUGAGCACGGAAACUGCACCGUGGAGUCCAAGCUAAAGUCGGACAGCAGUGUUUACGGCUCACUGUGACCUAUGAAGCUUACUUUGGGCCUUGGUUUUCUGUCCAGUUCUGCAGCGCUCCAUCUCUCCUGUUAAUCUCUCUCGUGUGCAGAUUGCCUCAGUUCCUAGCAUGAGUUUCCUGUCAAAAGUGUUGACUGUUGUGGGUCUCGUACUUCACCACCUCACUGAGGAUGCAGGACGUGCUUCAGAAAACUUUGAAACGUCUUAACAGCAAUAGGUUGAAGAUCUGGUCAGAAAGAUGAAUCAGUGUUUGUAUGAUUCCACCUCUAUCCGUUAAAUCGUUAUGAAGUUUUUCCUCAAUAUCAGGGAAUGCUUUAUGAUGUGGAAAGACUGGUGCAGUUUGGUAGAACAAAGUCAUUUUGUGUUCAGGUUCCAGAAGACUCACUUAACACUUUGUACAUAAUGUAAAAUUGAUAAUACUGACAGAUCGCGUUUUGUAGCCAAGUCAUUUCUUUAUGUCUGCCACAAAUCUGCUCUCAGAAUGACCCGACCCUGUAUACUGUAGGCUUCUUAAUAUCGUUUGGGCUCCUUUUCAAAGCAAAAUGUUUCUAUUUUUAUAUGUGCGUGUACUGACUGGCAGGUUCUCGAUACGUUCGUCUCUCGGCUGCUUCCCAAGUUUUUUUCAGAAGCAAGGUGUCGACGUGGAGCUGUGACGCUGUGUUAGGAUACAGAUGGCAUGCUGGUACAGUACUAAAGAAUCUCACACGUCAGGUCACCGCAACCUUGUCCUAUCCAUAGCAUGUUCGUGUGAGACAUAUUCAGUAUUCUGAAUGUUUUAAACCUCCUGCUAGGAGGCUGUGACUGUAAUUACAUCCUUAUGCAGGCAGACAAGUACAAAUUUCUUUCUUUUUCCUUUUUUUUUUUGGUGUUUGUUAGAAAAUUUUAUUACAAAUAUUAAAUCAAAAGUGUGAUA